AUGGUCCCAAGCAGGAAGACGUUUUGUCUAAUCCUCACUCUGUUCUCCAUUUUGGCUCAAAUGCCAUCAGGAUGUGAGGCAGGACUUGAGUAUUCCCAGUCAUUUCCAGGAGGUGAGUUUGCCGUGUGUGAGACAUGCAGACUUGGCCGGGGUAAGUGCAGGAAGUCCUGCAUGGAGGACGAGACAGUGGUUGGAAAUUGCAAGCUGAACAUUUUCUGUUGCCGCCGGAGGAUCUGA